AUGCCUCAGGCAUCACACCGUAAGGAGGACCCGCUGGCUCUCAGCAACUCGCCCCACCUGCUUUCUCAGCAGCUCCUCCAGUCGCCGUCUCCAGCUUCCCACGACUCGUCGAACACCAGCGGCACAGUGGACACGACCGACGCUACUUCCACCACCGCUCCUAAUUCUGUCUCAACGUCGCCGUCAUCACCUUGUUCCAAAAGCAAUCUCUCGUCCUCAUACGCCAUCGCAUCUCCCAGCCGAAGACUCAGCGCCAACUUCCUGCGCCGAACAUGGCAUCGGCUGCGUGAUCACUCCCCCGAUACUUCAACCAACCGCACCGACGUCGUCCAUCCGUCCUCCACCAUGGGUUCCAAGCAUUCCAACGGCAAUUCUGGCGGUGGUCAGGUCAGCCAUCGUCUGCGCAACUUCUUCAGGAUAAACAGCAGCAACAACAGUAAUAAUGCCGGCGACAAGGAUAAGGGGAACGAGAAGGAUACCAAGGACAAAGACAGGAGCACUGAUGGUGACAACAACUCCGGCUCCGGCCCCACGAGGCCAUUCCGUCCCGCCAAGUUCUUCAGUAGCACAGUUGGCCGUCUGCGAUCACACACCGCCACCAGUGACGGUACCCAGCAGGAGGCUCUCAGUCCUACCGCUCAUGCCAAUCCGUACUUUGCUCACCAGGGCAUGCCUGGACUCCGCCAUCACAACACGGGAUCAGUCCCUCCAAGUCCCCCUGACACACCGACGCUGAAGAUAUCGGGCCCCGAUGGUGCACCGAACGGUAAGACCGUAACCGCAGAGACAAAGGAGCAACUUGCACGGAGACUAAGAAGGGUCGCAAGUGCCCCCAACGCCCAGGGUCUGUUUGCCAGCGGCAACAACAAGAAGGCUGGGGCCGCCGCUGACCAAGACCAUGACCAACGGCCAGCCACGGCGGAACUUGGCAAGGACCCUUUGAUUCAGGACCCCAACAACCCAGGCGCAUUGGCAAUGGUCGACGCGAAAUCCCAGGCUGACAAGAGCAACACGCUCGGCCUGCCUACCGAGGACGAUGUGCUGUCCGCUCUGCCUCUCCCUAACCAGGGAUUGGCUUUCCGUCGCACCUAUAGCUCGAACUCAAUUAAAGUCAGAACAGUCGAAGUUAGCCCCUCGAGCUUUGAUAAGGUGAAGCUUAUCGGCAAGGGCGAUGUCGGAAAGGUCUACCUUGUCCGAGAGAAGAAGAGCAACCGCCUCUAUGCGAUGAAGGUGCUAAGUAAGAAAGAGAUGAUCAAGCGAAACAAGAUCAAGCGAGCCCUUGCCGAACAGGAAAUUCUAGCGACGAGCAACCAUCCAUUCAUUGUGACCUUGUACCACUCGUUCCAGUCCGAGGACUAUCUGUACUUGUGUAUGGAAUACUGCAGUGGUGGCGAGUUCUUCCGUGCCCUGCAAACGCGACCUGGAAAGUGUAUUCCCGAGGACGACGCCCGCUUCUACGCUGCUGAGGUGACGGCCGCGUUGGAGUAUCUGCAUCUUAUGGGCUUCAUUUACCGUGAUUUGAAGCCAGAGAACAUCCUCCUCCACCAGUCUGGACACAUCAUGUUGUCUGACUUUGAUCUUUCUAAGCAGUCCGAUCCCGGUGGCAAGCCGACCAUGAUCGUUGGCAAGAACGGCGCGAGAACAGAUUCGCUGCCUACCAUUGACACCAGAUCGUGUAUCGCAAACUUCCGUACCAACUCGUUUGUUGGUACCGAGGAAUAUAUCGCUCCCGAGGUCAUCAAGGGCAGUGGCCACACCAGCGCAGUAGACUGGUGGACUCUGGGCAUUUUGAUAUACGAAAUGCUUUACGGCACCACCCCCUUCAAGGGCAAGAAUCGUAACGCCACUUUUGCCAAUAUCCUUAGGGAGGAUAUUCCUUUCCCAGACCACUCUGGCGCGCCCCAGAUAUCCAAUCUCUGUAAAUCCCUGAUCAGGAAACUACUGAUCAAGGACGAGAACAGAAGAUUAGGUGCUCGUGCGGGAGCCUCCGAUAUCAAGGCGCACCCGUUCUUCCGCACGACGCAGUGGGCCCUCAUCCGUCACAUGAAGCCUCCCAUCGUUCCUCAGCCACCCCGAGGCAACGAGACGCCUAAUUUCCGCAACGUCAAGGAAAGUGAAAGUGUCGAUAUUAGCGGGUCAAAACAGACCCCUGGCGUUCCUCUCGACAGCGGGCUGGCUACUCCUGGCGGCGAAAUCGCGGAUCCUUUCCUCGAGUUUAACAGCGUCACCUUACAUCAUGACGGAGACGAUGAAGCCAACUAUCAACAUCAUAACCCCAGCGUUCAUGGGUAG